CAUGCACACUCAUCAGACUUCACGACUGCAUUAUAUUGUUGCUGCGCGUUGCCCCCGCCGUGCGCGUGAAACAGUCGCACCAUGCCAAUGGCAAUUAUAUGUAUAUACAGAAGAGUAGGGCAUGAAGCUGUAUAAAGCAAACUCCGAGGGAGUCGGCUCCGGUCUCAGAUCAUCACGAAUGCUGCAGGCACUGCAUCUGUCAGGCUGGCACUCAUGGGGUGUCCUUCUUCGGAAUGCGGAUGUGCGAAAGGUGCCAUCACUUAUACUCACUUUUGCGUCAACAGCUAGUUCAGACAGGUCUACAGGAUGUAGUCACGAUCGGGUAAGGCUCGACGGAUCAUCAAAGCCCCCAGAAUGCGAUCUCGAUCGCAGCCCCGACUAUUACCUGCAGCGGCUGCUGACAUGGCAGACCUCGGAACUCAGCAGUCGCGCGCAGGAGGCACCAAAGUGCCUUGUCCAGCUGAUGACGGGUCUGCAUCGCUGCGUGCAGGCGGCUUGGUUGCGUCAGCCACAGGCCAGCGGAGAACACGGAAAAGCAUCCGCGCGCUAUCCUGUAAAAUUCACGAUUGUGUAGGCACACCAAGCAGCCACCCUCACAUCUACACAACUAUUGAUGUUAUCCACUGCGACUCGCAAAUUGGUUUACGACGCUUCCACUCGUGACUGCU